ACUGCUAACUUAAUUGGCUGUGAUAAUUGUCCAUAGCUAUGAAUAACUCUUCAUUGCAUCUUUAAAUAAAACAUUUGAUUGAACCAAAAUCUUGGAUCGGCUCCUCUCAUUAUAUAGGAUAAACCAACACGCCUUAACAGGACAAUGAUUCAAACCUUCGGCAUCAUAUUGUUCUUUCAGUGGUUCUCUCUAAAUGGGGCGACUGAGGCCGGCAUCUUCGGUGGUAAAGUUUCGAAGCCUCAUUCCAGACCCUACAUGGCUUCACUCCAGUUUCAUGGACAACACUCAUGUGGCGGGAUCCUCGUCCGGGACGACUUUGUUCUGACUUCAGCUCACUGCAACGAGUUUGACAGCUCUCAGACGAUGAUGAUGGUGGUGCUUGGCGCACACAACAUAAGCAAGAAAGAAAAAAGUCAGCAGAAUCUCGAAGUGGCAAAAUACUUAACACAUCCAGAGUACAAUGGAAAAUGGGAUUAUGACAUUAUGCUUCUCAAGUUGAAAAACAAAGCAAAACUGAACAAGUAUGUGAAGCCCAUUGGAUUACCGAAGAAACAAAAGAACCCCCCCCCCAAUGAAGCAUGUGUCGUUGCUGGCUGGGGCCGAACAGCAGUAAACGGGCCGGCCUCUCAUGUACUGAGGGAAACCAAGGAGAAGAUUCAAUUCCCCAAGGAAUGCAAAAAUAUCUGGAAGGGAGUCUUCAAUCCUAGUCACAUGAUAUGCACCAAGUUUGACAAAAAGAAGGGAGGAAUUUGCCAGUUUUCUGUUGCCUUUUCCGUUCAGGGCGAUUCUGGCGGACCGCUGAUCUGCAACAGCAAACCUCAGGGCAUCACAGCUUUCACUGCCGAGAAUGACUGCGACAAUCCCAAGUUUCCCCAUGUCUUCAUGAACCUACAUUUCUUUCUUCCCUGGAUCAAGGAAACCAUGCAGGGUUAUGGGAAUGUUAUAUGAGCCACUAUUCAGAGGCCAAGAAGUUAUCCCUUUCUUCACUUGAUUAUAAACGCAGCUUUAUAAAGCAAAAUUCAAAUUAAUUUAGCCUGAAAAAGGAAACUGGUACAUGUGAAUGUUUUGCAGAGGUAUGGAACAAAAAUCACAGUUGCUUUUAUUAAAAAGAAGAAGAAUUUGGGGUAUAUAUUCAACCUAACAUCUUGCUGUACAGUUAAAGAAUGUGCCUUUGUCCUUUUAUACAUUGCUCACGCUUGUUUUUUCAUUCCUGCAACUUCCUUUUUCAUUAAUCCUUGUGCAAGUUUUGUCAACUAUGUACAAAUUUCUUUCUUUAACUCAUCUAAAAACUCUCUUGUCAGCAGCAUAGGUCUGGGAAAGUGUGUGUAAGACUGAAUGGCGUGAGGGAGAAAUGGCAGGGGGCAGACAAGGGCAGAUAUCGAAAGUAUCUCUGUGAGUGUGGUGGUUGUGGUGGAGAAGCCCCCCCAUGCACUCUGAUCAAACCCCCCAGGCCACCGCUGCAGCGGUCGAGACUCCUCAGUCAUAGUGCAAACUCUUGAAGUUGAAGCGCUUUCUGUCAGUGAAACCUGUCAUCUGCAGAGAUGAAACAAAAUGUUUACAAGAAACAGCUCACCUUAAAUGACAUAUCAGUUCUCAUUAAGUCCAAUUCUAAAAUCAAUAAAGUCUUAAAACUCACCUGACUUGGAUCUCUUGUGAAAUAUCUCUUUUCUAUGACCUGUGA